CAGGGCUCCAAAUAACACGUAUAGGGGUUAGGAUUUACAACAUGUAUUUUGGGGGGACACAGUUCAAUCCCUAACAGCUACCUUUAUCCCUAGCUCUUGUUUUGCUGCUGUAGGUUCUCGAGCCAGUGCGUCCCCAGGCAGAGGGCCCAGUCACCAUGGUGACUGAGCAGGAGGUGGAGGCGAUCGGGCGCAUGCUGGUGGACCCCCAGCAGCCCCUGCAGGCCCGCUUCCGGGCACUCUUCACGCUGCGCGGGCUUGGCGGCCCGGGUGCCAUCAGCUGGAUCAGCCAGGCCUUCAGUGACGACUCUGCCCUUCUCAAGCACGAGCUGGCCUACUGCCUGGGCCAGAUGCAGGACGCGCGUGCCAUCCCCGUGCUGAUGGACGUGCUGCGGGACACCCGCCAGGAACCAAUGGUGCGCCACGAGGCAGGGGAGGCGUUGGGGGCCAUUGGGAACCCGGAAGUUCUGGAGAUCCUGAAGCAGUACUCCACUGACCCCGUUGUUGAGGUGGCCGAGACGUGCCAGCUGGCGGUCCGGCGGCUGGAGUGGCUGCAGCAGCACAGUGGAGCGCCGGCGACGGUGGGGCCAUACCUCUCGGUGGACCCAGCCCCACCGGCUGAGGAGCGCGAUGUGGGGCGGCUUCGGGAGGCACUGCUGGAUGAGGCCCGGCCGCUCUUCGACCGGUACCGGGCCAUGUUCGCCCUGCGCAACACCGGCGGCGAGGAGGCCGCCCUGGCGCUUGCCGAGGGCCUGCGCUGCGGCAGCGCGCUCUUCCGCCACGAGGUGGGCUACGUCCUGGGCCAGCUGCAGCACGAAGCGGCCGUGCCCCAGCUGGCGGCCACGCUGGCCCGCUGCGCCGAGAGCCCCAUGGUGCGGCAUGAGUGCGCCGAGGCCCUAGGCGCCAUCGCCCGGCCCGCCUGCCUGGCCGCGCUGCGGGCCCACGCGAAGGACUCUGAGCGCGUGGUGCGCGAGAGCUGCGAGGUGGCCCUGGACAUGUACGAGCACGAGAGCGGGCCGGCCUUCCAGUACGCGGACGGGCUCGAACGCCUGCGCCAGCCCUUCUAGGACCCUCCCCGCCCCCGCAGGGAGGCCCCGCCCCGACAGCUGGAGACCCCCUAUAGUCCCCACCCCUCCAGGAAGCCCCUCCCUCCUCAUAGAGGCCACGCUCCCGCAAGUGGAGACCCUUCCCUCCUAUAGACCCCACCUUCCAGGAAGCCCUGCCCUCCUAGAGAACAGGCCCUUGUAACCGUAGACUCCGUUCUAUAGGCACCUUUCCUCCAGGAGGCCCCGCCGUCUCGUGGAGUUUCCGCCUGCCCUCUUCUCAUACACCCUGCCCUCCCAGUGGCACCUCCCUCCCCCAGGAGGCCCCGCCUUGACCUGCACCUUCCCCAAGGCGGGGUGGGCUGGGACUCUGGAAUUUUCGGAUCUGCUCGUCUGGAUUUCCAGAGAGCUGCCCGGACUUUGGUGUAUAAACCGGCUUUGUGCAAAUGGGAUCUCAUUUCCCAUCCAGCUGACUUGCCGGUGAAAGUGCUCUUGCCAGCCAUCUGUUCAGCAGUUUCUGCCUCUGCGUUGGAAACCCAUCCCGGGCGAGGCUGGGGGCUCUUCUGUCAUCCUCCACCCCCGGGCCUGGCGCACUGCCCGCGUCGAGGUUUCCUGGCGCAGGGUUGGGACUCCGGGAAAGGGUUCAGGAUGUGCCUCUUGGGAGGAAGGCUUGGGGGGAUCUUGGCCCUGGCUGGGGUCUUUUGGGAGAGGUUGGGAUACAGUGGCUCAGGCUUCUCUAGAAUGAGGGCUUGGGUUGUUGGGGAAGGCGCUGACAAAAUCCGGCCCAGGACUGUGGCUGCGGUGACCCAGCCCUCCACGCAGCUGGCCGGUGUGGGGAGGCGGUCCUUGGGUGGGCUGGGCUAGGGG